GGAAGCAGAAAAAGGACAACCGGCAACUGUCACCACACUUCCUUUUCAUCUCGCUCUUGGGACAUUACUGACUAGCAGCUGCACAGAAGACUGUGGCAGAGGAGGAGCUUUUGGCCACCGUCUAAUAACACCAAGGAUUUAGCAGCGGCUACCAUGGGUUCUAUGAAUUCCCGAGGUCACCAGGCAGAAGCCCAGGUGCUGCUGAUGGGCCUUGACUCAGCUGGCAAGACUACGCUCCUGUACAAACUGAAGGGCCACCCACCGGUGGAGACCCUGCCCACCAUUGGCUUCAAUGUGGAGUCUCUCGGCGCCCCUAGGCAUGCAUCUUUGACUUUCUGGGAUGUUGGCGGGCAGACUCAGCUCAGGGCCAGCUGGAAGGACUACCUGGAAGGCAUGGACAUCCUCGUGUAUGUCCUGGAUAGCACAGACAAAGUGCGCUUGUCCGAGGCCGUGGCUGAACUCACGGAAGUCCUGGACCAUCCCAACAUGGCCAGCGUCCCUUUCUUGGUGCUGGCCAACAAGCAGGAGGCGCCUGACGCUCUCCCGCUGUCUGAAAUCAGGGACAGGCUGGGCCUGGAGAGGUUCCCGGGCCGCUUCUGGGAGCUCCAGGCCUGCAGUGCCCUCACUGGCGCGGGGCUGCCCGAGGCCUUGCGGUGCCUCAGGGGCCUCCUGAAAUCCCGCAGCCGCUGUGUCUCCAGGUGAGCACAGUGCAGCAGCCAGCGCAGAGAGCAAGCAGUCUUGACGCCGGCAGAGCAGCUUAUCUUUGCUCAUACAAACCGGAAGAAGCCGCUGGUGCUUGAGAAUCUGAAGUCCGGUUUAUCAAACAAGAAAUCCUGUGCUUGGACAGGGUGUUUUUUUCUUGGGACUUAUCGUCACUGGUGUGUAUGUUGAAAAUCAACUGGUUCUUUGAAUAAUGAUACACUAAAGGGAAAAAACAUACCUCAACACACUUCAUAACUCGUUGCCACGUGUAAACUGAGCAAUUGUAAUAAUAAAGAAACAAGUAAUAAUAGUACAUACUAAUUAAGACCUAAAUUCACAGAUGGAAAGGGGUUUUAAAACCAAAUCAGCAUAUCAUCUGGACAUGGUUGUGAUCUUAUGAGUGAUUUUCCCUGGUAGUCCCAGGGUAUAUGCCCUGGUCCCUCUGAGAGCAAGCAGCCAAUGUGAGCAGAAUGGAGUGGGAGAGUCUGCUUCCAUGGAAUCUGGGGUUUAGAAGGUCCCUGGAGCUCAGCCCUGGGUAAGGGGCAGCGAGUUCCCACCUUCCCAAACCGAUCCUCUUCAGUCAUCUUGUGUUGGUCUUUUUCCAAAACCUCUUAUUUUUCCCCCCUUAUUUUUCUCCUUCUUGUAGUACAUAUCUUUCCUUAAAUAUCAGAUUAAUCAAUGAUUUCAUUCAUUUAUGCAUUGAUUUAAUAAAAAAUAUGCAGAGCA